AUGCUUCAUUUUUUCAUUGUCUUCAUGCUUGCCGUAUCUGUUCCUCCGGUGGUGUGCUCUUCUGCAGCAAAUGGCAGCAGCAACCUGAAAGAAGGCCAAGAGCUCAGCGGCGGCAACAGGCUCAUCUCAAAGAAUGGCAAGUUCGCGUUGGGCUUCUUCACAUCAGGCAGCAGUAAGUCUUCCUCAGACAACACAACCUUGCCCAACUGGUAUGUAGGUAUAUGGUUCAACAAGAUCCCAAAGUUCACUCCUGUAUGGAUUGCGAACAGAGAGAAACCAAUCACUGACCCCAAGUUUAGACUGUCCAAGCUCAGAAUCUCAAGGGAUGGCAACCUUGUCAUCUUAAACCAUGCGACUAAAUCCAUAAUCUGGUCCAGUCAAAUAAUAGCAGCCAAAGGUAGAAGAACAGCCAACAAAAAUACUACCAUCAUGGCAGCACUCUCAGACGAUGGUAACCUUGUCAUAAGAAACGCCUUGAACCCAUCCAUUGUGUGGUGGCAGAGCUUUGAUCACCCAACAGAUGUUUUCCUCCCCGGCGCAAGGAUUGGCCGGAACAAGGUUACCGGCCAAAAAUACAGUCUUGUUUCGAAGAAGAAUCUGAUAGAUCCAGCUCCAGGCCUAUACUGCACGGAGCUAGACCCCACUGGUGAUCCGCAAUACUUUGUUAGGAUUUGUAAUUCAUCCAUGGUGUAUUUCUCCACGGGCGAAUGGGUCGGGUGGUACUUCAAUUUGGUGCCGGAGAUGUCUGGUAGUAACUUUCUCCAAACCAAAUUCAUCGACAAUGAUGAAGAGGAGUACUUCACUUACGCUCCAAUGGAUCCAACAGUGAUCACAAUCGGUUUACUUGAUGUCUCUGGUCUUACCAAGCAGCUUCUUUGGCUUGAAGGCUUGCAAGAGUGGGAAACUAUAUAUGUCCAACCCAGGGCUCCAUGCGAUGUUUUCGCCGUUUGCGGGCCUUUCACAGUUUGCAACGACAACACACUUCCAUUGUGUAACUGCAUGAAUGGGUUCUCCGUGAAGUCACCAGAUGACUGGGAGCUGGAUGACAGAAGAGGUGGAUGCAUGAGAAAUACUCCGCUAGAACAUUGCAGCAGCAACAAAGGUAACACAAGAGGGUUAACAGACCAGUUCUUUCCGAUACAUAGUGUUAGAUUACCUUAUUAUGCACAUAGAAUGGAAACAAUUGAGAGUGGACAAAGCUGCAUGCAAGUUUGUCUAAGAAACUGCUCAUGCACUGCGUACUCCUACGGCAAGAGUGGCUGUUCUAUCUGGCAAGGCCAGCUUAUUAAUGUAAAGCAGUACAAUAAUGGCACUGUCAAUAGUGACGGAGAGAUUCUUUUGCUCCGUAUUGCUGCUGGAGAGGUGCAAAGUUGGGGAAACAACACAAAAGGAAAUAGAAGAAUGAUCACCGGUCUCAUUGUUGGUCCUUUCUGUUUGUUGGUGAUGCUAUUGAUGAUUUGGAGGGGGAAAAGAAAGUGGUGUUCUCUUCCACUGAGCAGCACUGAAGGUGGAUGUGGCGUUAUAGCAUUUAAGUAUGUUGAUUUGCAGCAUGCAACUAAAAAUUUCUCAGAGAAGCUAGGUGUAGGUGGUUUUGGCUCUGUAUUUAAGGGAAUUCUGCGUGACUCGACUACCAUAGCGGUGAAGAUGCUUGAUGGUGCACGCCAAGGAGAGAAACAAUUCCGGGCUGAGGUCAGCACAAUUGGAAUGAUCCAACAUGUCAACUUAGUCAAACUGAUUGGUUUUUGCUGUGAAGGUGAUAGAAGGAUGCUUGUUUAUGAACACAUGGCAAAUCGUUCUCUUGAUGUCCAUAUAUUCCGAGGCAAUGGUUUUAUGCUAGAUUGGAGUACAAGGUUCCGAAUUGCCAUCGGUGUUGCUAAAGGAUUGUCCUACUUGCAUGAGAGUUGUCGUGAUUGCAUAAUACAUUGUGAUAUUAAGCCAGAAAACAUACUUCUCGAUGCGUCACUUGUUCCUAAAAUUGCAGAUUUUGGGAUGGCAAAACUUAUGGGAAGGAACUUUAGUCGCGUUCUGACAACAAUGAGAGGAACCGUAGGAUACCUUGCACCUGAAUGGAUUAGUGGAGUGGCUAUUACACAAAAAGUUGAUGUUUACAGCUAUGGAAUGGUACUGCUAGAAAUGAUAUCCGGAAGAAGGAACUCAUCACCUCAAGAAUGUACAAGCAAUAGUGAUCAUGAUGUUUACUUUCCUGUGCAAGCUGCACUUAAGCUUCUUGAGGGAGAUGUGAGGACUUUGGUCGAUCAACAAUUACAUGGUGACAUCAAUGUGGAGGAGGUUGAAAGAGCUUGCAAAGCAGCAUGUUGGUGCAUUCAAGAUCAUGACUUUGAUCGUCCGACAAUGGGCGAUGUGGUUCAGGUUCUCGAGGGUCUAGUAGAGCUUGAUAUGCCCCGAGUGCCAAGAUUACUUCAAGCUAUAUCAGGAAGCCCUUCUACAAAUUAA